UACUUGUCACCUUAUUGAUGGAUGAUGUGAUGCUCUCUGAUCUCAUCUCGAACUUUGUUAGAUCAGUCCUCACAAAGAUCAAGUGCCACACGAAGAUCAAAUGCUUUAUCGUUCGGACUGAGACUGAUAUGGAGGAGGAGGAGCAGCAGCACCGGCGGUGCACCGGCACAGAAGAACUCUCCCACCAUGAUAUCGAGGUGAUCAUGGGGAGGCUCGGUCUGUUGGGUCCGAGAGAAGAAGCAGUCGACGUCGACGGUGGUGGUGGGGAGUGCAGAUUGGUCGAAGAAGUUGAUGCGCUGCUGGAGGAGAAGAAAGCGAGCUUGGACGAACUGAAGGAGGCGUUCUGCGUCUUCGACAGGAACGAGGACGGGUUCAUAAGCCCGGGAGAGCUGUGGUGCGUGAUGAGGAGGUUGGGGUUGCAGGAGGGCCUCAAGCUGGAGGACUGUGAGAGGAUGAUUCGUGCCUUCGACGUCGACGGUGACGGAAGAAUAAGUUUCAGUGAGUUCACCCGCCUGCUAGAGAACGCUUUAUAGCUUCUUCUUCUUCUUCUUCUUCUCGUUGCAGUGACAUUAAAAUCAUCAGAACAAUAUUAAUUGUUAAUA